AUGGAUUCCUCAACUGCUCUGUUUAACCAGCUCAAGGCGACAGAACCAUUUUUCUUGUUAGCGGGACCCAAUGUGAUUGAAUCUGAGGAACACAUUCUUAGAAUGGCCGACCAUCUGAAGACUAUCUCAACCAAGGUUGGGUUGCCACUUGUUUUUAAAUCAAGCUUCGAUAAAGCUAACAGAACUUCCUCGAAAUCAUUUCGGGGUCCAGGAAUGAGCGAAGGUUUGAAGAUCCUUGAGAAGGUUAAAAUAGCAUAUGACAUCCCCAUCGUUACUGAUGUGCAUGAAGCAAUUCAGUGUGAACCAGUCGGCCAAGUUGCAGAUAUUAUUCAGAUUCCAGCAUUUUUAUGUCGUCAGACAGAUCUUCUAGUUGCAGCUGCCAAGACUGGAAAAAUUAUCAAUAUUAAGAAAGGCCAAUUCUGUGCUCCUUCCGUCAUGUCAAAUUCUGCCGAGAAGGUAAGAUUGGCGGGAAAUCCAAAUGUCAUGGUUUGCGAGAGGGGAACCAUGUUUGGCUAUAAUGAUUUGAUUGUUGAUCCGCGAAAUUUGGAAUGGAUGAGAGAAGCUAAUUGUCCUGUUGUAGCUGACAUCACACAUUCACUACAACAGCCUGCUGGGAGAAAGUUGGAUGGUGGAGGUGUUGCUAGUGGAGGUCUCCGUGAAUUGAUACCAUGCAUUGCAAGAACAGCAGUGGCUGUUGGGGUGGAUGGAAUUUUCAUGGAGGUGCAUGAUGAUCCUCUCAAUGCACCGGUGGAUGGUCCAACUCAAUGGCCUCUACGCCAUUUAGAGGAGCUGCUGGAAGAGCUUGUGGCAAUAGCUAAGGUAAGCAAGGGGAAGAAAUCGAUGAACAUUGAUCUCACACCAUUUCGUGAUUAG